UCCAACUUUCACACCGGAACGACCAUUCAGAGAACGACAGCAAUGAGCUCUUCCGAACUCUCUAAUCCGAGGGGUGGAGGGUAAAGUGUUUUACGGGUAUUUUAUUGGCAAUUAACUGAAUAGGAUUAUACCUCUUAUCAAGAUGAUGCGCUUCCUGUUGCUCUUCAGUCGCCAGGGAAAGCUGCGGCUGCAGAAGUGGUUUGUGACCAUAGCGGAGCGCGAGAAGAAGAAGGUCAUCCGAGAUAUGACCUCCAUGGUGCUGGCACGGAAGCCACGCUCCUGCAACUUCCUCCACUGGAGAGACCUGAAGAUUGUUUACAAGAGGUAUGCCAGUCUGUAUUUCUGCAUCGGUCUGGAAGACCAGGAGAAUGAGCUGUUAGGCCUGGAAGUGCUGCAUCGCUACGUGGAGCUGCUGGACCAGUACUUUGGCAGCGUGUGUGAGCUAGACAUAAUCUUCAACUUUGAGAAGGCCUACUUCAUCCUCGAUGAGUUCCUGAUGGGCGGGGAGAUCCAGGAGACUUCCAAGCAGAUAGUGGCUCGCGCCAUCGAAUCCUCAGACAUGCUGCAAGAGACAAUGGAGGAGUACAUGAGCAAACCUGCUUUUUAGGACCGACGGGAAUAAAGCCAUCCACAUCACAACAAAGGGAAUGACGUUCAACAUCACAGUCUGUUUUUGAACCAGACCUAGCUGAGAGUCUAAAUAUAGCUAUAAAUAUAUAUAAAACCUUUUUAGCAAUAUUAUGAAUUUUCUUCAGAAGAAUGCAAUUUGUGAAUGAGGUACAUGCGUCUAUGCAUUGUCUUGGCCAUGAGUACUGAAUACGUUGCUCUGGUACAUGCCUGUAGUCUUUUGAAGGAAUAUAGAAGAAAGUAAUGGGGAUUUAACAUUGUCUGAAGGAGAUAAAGAAAUAUGAAGAUAUUACAUGUUGACUUCCAUUGCUGUUAUUUAGAAGUGCUUUUAAAUGUUUUUAAUAGACUUUGUUUAUGAAUGCCAUGUGGUAGCUAUUUAUAAUGCCCUCCAAAAUGAAUGACUGUUUUCACAAGUGUGUUGGGUGAGCUUGGUUAGACGUGUGUUGGUGUGGUUAGCAGGCGCUUGUCUUUUAAAGGGAUAUCAGUGCAAAAUGUUUUAUUACAAAAUAAAAAAUUGUUACGUUUAAAAAGUGUCAAUAAAA